CGCUGAUGCCUGCGUCCUUCAAGGCCUCUACAGCCUGACCGAAGACCCACACAGCUCGAGCAUCGCCGCGUAGAAAGCGCCGCGUCCCUCCAAAGCCCUUCCAGCGCCCGCGCGCACAUCUCCUUCCCAGAGGUCCAAGACCCUCCCUCCUCAGCCCCGCAUCUGUCGUUCUUUACUCCUCACGCUCCUUCUUUCACGAUACCCCUCCGCUCUUUCCUCGCUGCGCCUGCUCCGACUCAUGUUCACGCCUCCGCCUUCCCCCGAUCCUCGUCGCCCUCUAUCUACCUCUGGCCCUGCGAGAACAUGUUCAUCAGAACGACUGCUCAAGCUUGAUGUCGCCGACGAUCCUUUCCUAAGUCCCUCCGCAGGCAGCUCCAGAAGGUCCUCCGUGGACUCGCAGCAACCGCAUCCGGCACAUGAGACCCCUCUGUCGCCGAAGGAGGACCCCUACUUGGACCCGUACUCGUACGCGCUCCUGCAGAAGAAGCGCACAGCACGGAGGAUACGAUGGACAGUAGUCUGUGUCCCUUUGGUUCUUGUCUUUAUCGCGCUUUCUACGCGAUACCUCACCCACCCCGCCGCCUUCGACGCACUGUCGUCCUCGCAUCCAGCGACAUGGUCGACCUUGCAGGACUGGACGCCCCACAAGCGCCAUGCCGCACCAGAGCCCGUUCCUGACACCACAGGCUUCGCGACCACGAUUGCAAACUCCAAGCCGACGGGCUCGUCCCUCUCGCUCGCGCCCUCGGCGAGCGCCGUCCCGACACAGGUGGACUCCGGCAACACGAAGGUCCCCUCCGCGCCGCCCGUGCUGCCCACGCCCUUCCCCCAGGCCUUCGAUUCGACGUUCAACACGAACUUCCAGACGGUCGCAUGCGAGAACUUCAUGACGAACAUGACGCAGACCCCCGCGUUCCUCAAGUGCCGGCCGUUCUCGCUGCUCGCCAGCGACUCGAACGCGUUCAUCACACAGAGCCAGCGGAAUAUCUCACAGCUGAACGUGAUCAUCUGGGGGACGUGCAACACGGAUCUCAGCGCGGAGCAGUGCGCGGGCAACAUGCAGUGGUUCGCGGACAACAUCCAGUCCGCGUGCAAGCAGGACAUCGCGGCGAACAACGCGCUGGUCACCGACGCCGUAGCAGGUCUUUCUGCGUACAGCGUGAUGCGCGAGGCCGCGUGCCAGGUGAACGCGCAGACGGACACGUACUGCUACGUCGAGGCCGCGCAGUCGACGCACCCUGCCGACCUCUACCUGUACGAGCUCCCGCUUGGCCUCGCGCUCCCGAACAACACCGUGCCGAGCUGCACGACGUGCGUCAAGAACCUGAUGGGGACGUUCGACCAGGACGGCGCGAACGUGACGCGGCUGAAGAGCACGUACGGGCCCGCGGCGGCCACCAUCAACAACGCAUGCGGAGCGAGCUUCGUGGCCGAGAUCAACACGACGACGGGCAAUGGGGCGUCGGCGCUGGCGGGGGCAGGGGCGGGGGAGAGGGCGCUGGGGUGGGCCGCGGGCGCGGGCGCGGUUGUGGGCGCUGCGCUGCUGAUGCUGUAGUUGCGGUCGCAUGUCUCAUCGCAAAGUCGCGGACAUGCCAUCUGCGUUGCCUUGCUUUUGAUGCCCACGCCCUGCCAUGCCCCUGUGUCACGCCCCUUACGCCCCCGCUCGCACGGCCUGGCAGACAAACAUUUGUCUGUGCCUGCCAUCUGCCACUUGUCGGCUCGAAGACGUGGCGCGUGCACGCGCCCUAUGAACUUUACUCUUUGCAUUUGCACCUAUUUUUGUCUGGGUUUCGGCUUCAACUUCAUAUCGGGUCUCGUUCUUUCUUACACUUAUAGCCGCGGCGCCCGUGGACAGAGCAAUGCAUAUAGCCGCCCUCUCCUCCCUUCCGCCCUCCCGGGGUGUCCGUGUGUGCUCUUGUGCUAUGCAGCCCGCUGACACGCGGACACACGCACAGUGUGCCUUUUCUUUGCUUUCGGGGAAGACGUCUUUCACUCAAUAAUUUAUUGCUACAUUACACUUUUACUGUACCGCGCACUUUGUAACCGGAGUAGUCUAUGCAAAAGUCGUAUGAGCUCCCUUCGCCAGCUCCACCUACCUUCUUCAUC